AUGAAGAUCUCCGCCCUUCUGGCCCUCCUGCCUCUGGCCUCUGCCGCCUCCAUCCCGGCCCGCAGCACCAACGCCAACAGCAAAUUCUCCAUCAUGUCCGCUCGCUCUGGCUCCCCCGUGCAUCUGCUGCCUAUGAACGCUGUCCAUGGUAGCUUCUGGCUCGGCGAGUCGCCCUCCACCUACUGCCCGGAGAACAUCGAGGAGCUCGGCGCCUGCCCCCCUGGCACCUCGACCCGUUUCGCCAGCGAGACCGCACUGGAUGUCGUCGUCCCCGGCGGCCAGCGGAUCUACAUCGAUCCCCGCGGCGCCCUGCGUUUCACCCAGGCACACUCGGCCUACAUUCCCCCCGGCUCGUCCAUGGGUCCCUUCACCUACACUCCUGGCCCGCACUUCGGCCAGUUCUCGUACACGGGCCAGGGCGCCUCGGGCUUCCUGGCUUGCCCCCGCAGCAAUGGCACCGCCACCCACUGGCAGGUGUAUGGUUCUGCUGCCAACGUGACAGCCUCGCAGGGAUGUCUGGGCUUUGAUGCCCUUGCUGUGCCGACCAACUCUACCGGCGCUGCUGCUUGGGAGUAUAUCUAA